AUGCGCGACACCGUGGGGGAGAACGACGAGAACGCGCGACGGCGUGCGGCGAACGAGGCGUUUUCGAGCGAGUCGCGCGAUGAACGGUUGAAACGGCCUCGCGUCGACGUCGCCGCGUCGCGCGACGACGGAAGCGCCGAACGGUCGGACGAUCGCGCGCGCAGCGAUCGCGUGCGAGGGUUGACGCAGGAUUCCGCGCGGUUUUCGAGACACAGUGGGGCGAAAACGCCGGAAAGGCUUGAGACGCUGUUGGACGACGUCGACGACGAAGCGCUCGCGGAGGUCGCGGCGAGACUGAGCGCGGAACGGUCGGCGCGGUCGCGGUCGAGAACGACGGAUGACGCGCGCGCGAGUCGUGGAAAUGAGGCGUCGACGUCGAUCGAACGUCCGGUGACGGCGACGGGGCGGAGAGACUUGGAGUUUUGGGGCGUGCCGGAGUCUGCGCGCGAAGCGCUCGCGGCGAAGGGCGUGCGAGAGUUGUACCCGUGGCAGAUGGAGUGCCUGUCUCUGCCGGGGGUGAUGGAGGGGCGCGUGAAUUUGUUGUACAGCGCACCAACGAGCGGGGGUAAAAGUCUCGUCGCGGACUUACUAUUGAUGCGUCGGUUUCGCGAGCGACCGGGGAGCGUGGCGAUGUUUGUGUUGCCGUUUGUCGCUCUUUGCGAAGAGCGCGCGGACAGUUUAGAAAAUCUCUUUGCGGGAACGGAGUUUCGAUUGCGAAGGAUGUACGGCGGGCGAGGCGGAGCGUUUCCGAGCGAUUCAAAGAUGAACACCUUAUUGGUGCUCACGCCAGAGCGGGCGAACCAAGUGACGUCGAGACUGCUAGAAGAGAAUCGGCUACACGAACUGAGCGCCGUCAUCGUCGACGAGCUGCACUUGAUUCAAGACGAUGAUCGCGGGGCAACGAUGGAGUUGUUCCUUACCAAACUCGUGUACGCGAUCGGGAACACUCGCGGUGGCACGCGCGAUCAGCGUUCGAUGCAAAUCAUAGGUAUGAGCGCCUCGAUCCCAAACCUGAAAGCGCUCGCUGAUUGGUUGUUCGCUCGGCUCUAUGUGACGAACUUUCGUCCAAUCAGACUAGAAGUGUGCGUCAAGGUUGGUUGCGAGAUUUUCCAUCCGGCGACGAAGCACGUGAUUCGGACGAUGCUGAAUAAAUCGCCGAAUUCAGACAACGCACACAUCGCAGAGCUCGCUCAGGAAACGAUCGAUGAAGAUGGAUCGGUUUUGGUGUUUUGUUCGACGCGAGCAGCGUGUAAGACGUUGGCAGAUCAGCUUCGAAAUAUGAUGCAGUGCACCGUGCCGCGCCAAAUCCACAACGCUACGUUGUCGCGAGACGAGAUCGUCGUUGGCUAUGAAACCGCACUCGGUGCUAAGAGCGAUGUGCUUCCAUACAUCAAAGAUGGUGUCGCGUUUCAUCACGCUGGACUCUCUCGAGAGGAAAACGAGGCUGUGGCCGACGCCUACAAACGCGGAGUCAUUCGCGUCUUGUGCUGCACCAGUACGCUCGCCACCGGCGUCAACCUUCCAGCUCGACGCGUCAUUCUUCGCGAUACGAAUAUGGGAUGGAAAAAGCUGAAUGCGCGAGACAUCCAGCAGAUGACAGGUCGCGCCGGUCGUGCCGGACUUGAUACCAGUGGAUCUGCGAUCAUAUUUUGCCCGAAACUCGCUGAAUUAGACAACGUGUGCGCUCUCGUCGACGGUCCGUCUGAUGAGCUCACUAGCGCGGUGGCCGAAGUCGGCAUGCGGCGUAUUAUGCUCGAAGCGGUCGCGGCUGGUUUAGUGAAGAUACCCACAGAUGUGCAGGACUACGUCAAGUGUACUUUGCUGUCGGCGCUAAACGACUUUGACGAGUCCGUGAGACAAACCGCCAUCGACGCGCUGCGGUGGUGCCAAAAGAAUGCACUUCUCGUUUGGAAUGUGACUGCUUAUUUGUGGAGCGCAUCGGCGCUCGGAAACGCCGUGGCUGGAGGUAUGAUGCCUCUGGAUCAAGUGCAGCCAAUCAUUCGAGACGUGAAGACGGCUCGCGAAGAUUUGGUACUGAGCACGCCACUGCAUUUACUCUAUCUCUUGACUGCUCCACCGGUGCUCGACGACGAAGGGGCGCCGGUGAAUCUGAACAAAUUUAGGACGCUGGACGCACUCGCAGUGCUCUGGUCGAAUCUGAACGCGGAGCAAUUACGGAUCGCGGAAAAGGUUGGCAUAGACGAGCGUUAUGUUCAAAGGUUGCGCUCGAACAAACGUGACAUCACAAUUGCUCACCAGCUUCAGCGAUUCGCAUGUCAGCGCUUUCACGUCGCAUUGUUUCUUACGGACUUGAUACAAGAAGUUCCAAUCGAAAGUAUCACCAGCAAGUACGGUGUUCGUGCGUUCGACGUCUUAGAGGAACAAAAAUCGUGUGCGCGUUUCGCGUCGUACGUAGCGGCGAUUUGUGGUACUCUCGGUUGGGGCGACAUGGAGGGUUUAAUCACUAGAAUCAGCGAUCGAAUCACCGCUGGGGCACAGGAAGAGAUAUUAGAAUUGACGAAAAUUCCGUACAUUGGAAUUCAUCGCGCCAGAGCGUUGUACACGGGAGGCAUCACGACGCCGAAAGCCAUCGUGACUUUGGGUAGUGUCGAUAAAAUCGCC